GACUCCCCAGGGCGGGCUUUUUGCCCCCAACGUUCUCCGGGGCCCUUAACGGUCUCUGAGCAGAACUCGCUGGAGCAAAGCGCUGCCGGGGCGGCCUCUCCCCCGCGGCAGCACCGCAGCCCGGCGCGGCACCGUCAGCGAGGAGCGAGGAGCGAGAAGCGAGGAGCGAGAAGGGAAGCGCUGCCCCAGAGCGGCCCCGAGCGAGCCCGGCUCUCCCGCCCCGCGGCCCGGCUCCCGGUCGCGCCCGGCGGGCAGGGUGAGCCGCUCCGCCCGCCCCGGCAGGCGCCCGGCCGCGGCCCGGGGCCGCCUGAGCGCGGUCCGCCGGGGCAGGCCGCGGAGCAGCCCCCGCCGCGGGGCCUGUCAGGCGGCGGAGCGGACAUGGAGAGCGGGGGCAUGGCGGCGCGGAGCCAGGCCUCCCUGCGGCGCCGGCUGCAGAGCUCGCAGGAGGCGCAGCACCGGCAAGCGGUGCUGGUGCGGAAGCUGCAGGCGAAGGUCCUGCAGUACCGGACUUGGUGUCGAGAGUUGGAGCAGCAGCUGGAAGCAGGAGGGGGAUCCCUUCCAGGCAGGCGGGAAGCCACAGAAGACCACAGCCUGAAGAAAGCACUGCUUCAGUCGGAAGAGGAGCAGCAAAGGUGUGAGAAUCUGGCAGAAGUGAACGCUUUCCUGUGGGAGCACCUUGAUAAAGCGAAUGAGGUUAAUUCAGCCCUCAAAGAAGAUGUUGGAAAACUGACGGCGGAUUGGAUGAGGGCCCGGGAGGAGCUGGAAUUGAAGGAGAGUGAAUGGCGCGGUGAACGUGAGCUUUCUGACAACUACUUAAGGGGUGCACGUAACCGUCUGCUCAGCCUGUGGCGUCAGGUGGUAACCUUCCGCCGUCAUUUCCUGGAAAUGAAGACCGCCACUGACCGAGAUUUGUCAGAGCUGAAGGCAGAGCAACGGAGGCUUUCUGGAUCGGUACUUGUAAGCUGCUCCCGCCUGAACUCUGCCGUACGGCUCCGGGAGUCCGUCAGUCUGGGUAGACCUGUCCUGAAGGAUCAGGCACAGCAGGAGGCGGAAGAGGAAAUAAGCCAGAAGACUUGGGAAGCGAUGCACUUACAAGUCAAGGGGGACCUGGAGAAGAAGGAGCUUCAGGAGAGGCUGAAGGACUUAGGUGCGCUUGAAGGAAAACAUGCAUUAUUACAGAGUGAGUUGGUAGUCGCAGGAGAGACACUGGAGGAAUCGCACCUUCAGAGGGAUCUGCUGAAGCAAGAGAAACAUGAGCUUACCAUGGCACUGGAAAAGGCAGAGCAGGCAGUAGCAGAGUUGUCAGAGGCUCAGAAUAAGCUGAGCGCUGAAGCAGCUGAUCUACGUGUUGCAACCGCAAAGAUGAGCAGUAUGAAUGAAGCCCUUGCGUUGGAUAAAGUGCAACUGGGCAAACUUGUGUUGCAGCUGGAGCAAGAGAAUGAAGUUCUGUCAGGCAAAGUGGACGAGAUGGAGAGAGCAAAGAUCUCUGACCAGGAGAAGCUGACCGUGUGUGAACGAACAAAUGAAGAGCUCAGCGCAGAGAAAGCCCACCUGGAGCAGCUGCUGAAGAAAGCAGAGGAGCACCAGGAGGGGCUGCAGGUAGAGCUGAGGAUACUGGCAGAGGAGAAGGCAGAAACCCAAGAGAAGCUCAGUCAGGUUUACCGCCAGCAAGAGUCGGCUAGCAGUGGUCUGGAGCAGCUGCGCCAGGAGUCCUCUCGCCAAGGGCAUGCGCUGGCCAAGGUGUGCAAGGAGAAGGAAUUGCUGGUGCACGAGAAGGCUGCCCUAGAGGUGCGACUGGCAGCCGUGGAGCGGGACAGACAAGGCCUUUCAGAGCAGCUGGCAGAGGCCAGGUCGGCGAAGGAGACCCUGGAAUCCCGCCUGUUUGAGGCUCAGCAGCACUUAUCUCAGUUGGAGAUCGCCGGGAGUCAGCUUGAAAUCCAACUUCACACCGUCACGCAGGCCAAGGAGGUGAUCCAAGGGGAAGUGAAGUGCCUUCAAUGUGAGCUGGAAGCGGAGAGGUCUCUGAUGAGGCAGGAACGGGAAAACAUGGCACAACGGCUCUUGCGGACAGAACAGCAGUGUGACAAUACCCUGAGACUUCAGCAAACUGGUCACGAAGUGGAAAUAAGCAAGCUCCUGCAAGACCUGGCAAGCGAGCGGGAAGGGCACCAUUCAGAGGUCCAGGAGAUGCUGCAGCAAUGGGAAAAGGAGAAGGCAGAGACAGAAAGGGAGCACGAGAAGAAGCUGUUUGAUAUGAAGCAGGAAAUUGCUACCAUGCAGGCUCAACAAGAAGAGGAACGAACUAGAGUCGAAAAUGCCAAGCAAGAGGUCGCAUCACAAGUGAGAAAUCUGCAGGUGGAUCUUGAUCAUAUGAAAGGAAACUUGAAGGAGAAAAACUUAGAGCUUAUGUCUCGGACUCUGCAGAUCCAAGAACUGGAAAUGGAGAGGGAACAGGUGAAAUCUCUGCACGCAAGCCUUGAGCACCUGAGGGCAGCUCUUAAGGACAGAGAGAGUGAGUGUGACUCUCAAAGGGAUCAGUUAAGCCUCUUGCAGCGGUACAAGGAACAGCAAGAGGGGUACUUGCAAGAGCUUCAUGGUAAAGUAGAAAAGAUGACACUUGCUUUAUCUAAAAAAGAUCAAGAGCUUGAGUCCCAACAAAAGCAAAUCCAGGAAGCUGAAGAAGUCAUGGCACUGCAGUUGAGGACUGUCCGUCACCAACUGGAGCAGACCUUCGAAGCCUUAAAAGAAAAGGACAGGCUCCUGGACAUCCAAAAGCAACAAACACGGAGCUAUGAGGAAAAAACAGAAGAACGGAUGAGUGUCUUACGCAGAGACUUAGAAUACACUACGGCAAUACUGAAAGAAAAGGAUUUCAUGAUUGAAUCUCAGAAGGAACUGAUUGAGACCUUCCAAAAACAAGAACAAGACUCGGAACAGCAGAAGGAAAUCCUGCAACGUCUUGAAGUGGCACUAAAGGAAAAAGAGCAAGAAAUUGUAUCCCUUAGAAAGCAAUGUGAGGCAUGCAAGGAACAGGAGGAAAAACAUGAAGCCGAGCAAACAAAUCUUCAAGCAACAAAACUGACUCUGAAAGAAAGAGAAAAAACGAUCGGGGUUCUGGAGGAGGCUAUCUCUAAGCUUCAACAGCAAAAGGAGGAGGCAGCGAUGCAGACUAAAGCUAUACUGCAAAAACUAGAACACGCUGCAUCUUCUCUAGAAGCUAGAGAUCAAGAGAUCGUGUCUUUGCAAGAGCAUGUCCAGGACCUUCGAGAGCAGAAGGAGUUCGAAGGCAAGCAGGCCAAGAGUCUAGAGCGGGAUCUAGACAAAAUGAGCCAAAUCCUGAAGGAGAACCAUUUGGAGUUCCUCAAGCAGACAGAGCAAAUGAACAUGUUCCGGCUUCGUGAAGAGAGCAUGAAAGUAGCACUAACCUCAUGCCAGAAGCAAGUGAAUCUGCUUGAGGACGUGGUGAAGAAGAGAGAGGAAGACAAUGAGACUCUUAUGCAGAAACUCCAGCGCCAAGAAGAAGAACUGAGGACCUUGCAGAAUCUCCAGCUUAGGCUAACCAAGACGAAUGAAGAGGUUAGACAUCACAGAGAGCAAGAGAAGCUCCUAGAAGCAGCCUUGCAUGAGAGGGAACAAGAGACCAAGGCUGAAGGUGAGCAAAAAGAGUUAGAAGAGGAAAGAAGAGCUCUUCGGGAAGACCUCCGGCACGUUCAGCAAAGGCUGACAAAGAAGGAUGAAGAGAUCAAGUACCAGAGAGACAGAGUCGGGUAUUUAGAGAAGACUCUGGCAGGGAGAGAACAAGAGCUUAGGAGGCAGAGUGAACUCCUGAAACAAAUAACAUCGGCUUUGCGAUGGAAAGACGGAGGGGAGACCCUACAGAAACAAAUCCAGAAACUCCGAAAAUGGGAGGAAGAGGAAGCAGAGAAGAGGAGAGUUCUCCAGGAGAGAGACCGUUCCUUGCAAAGGCAGAAGGAGCUAACCCAACAACUGGAAGAUGAGCGGAAAGCAAAGGGGGAAGAGUUGGAGCGUGCGAUUGCUAUUUUGAAGCAGACUGAAAGCGGAGAAGUCAAAUGGAAAGAGAAGGCACAAGCACUGACUCUCGCCCUUACCAAGAGUGAAAUGGCCAAUGGCACUUUGAGGGAAGAAGUAGCCGUCCUGCAGAGUGUGGUUUCAGAGAGGGACACGGACCGGUUUCAUCAUCAGCAGGCUAUUGCAGAAGGGGAGCAGCUCUCGUGGCUCUCGGAGAAGAGACUCCUGUCGCAGCGGCUGGAACAUCUGCAGCGAGCAGUUGCAAGGCUGGAACUUGAGAAGACUGAGGUGAAGCAACUCAAUGCUGAGCUCAGGAGGACUCUUGAGCAGGUGGAACGUGAACGGAGGAGACUGAAGAGAUACUGUAGUGGUCGGUCGCUGCCAGAUGCAUGCGGAUUUUCUCUCUCCGACCAGCACAAGGUGCCUGCUUCUCGACGGGAGGAGUCUCACACGCGCUGCAGUCGUCGAUUAGCUGAGUUGCAGAACCAGGUGUCCCUUCUGCAGACGCAGCUGGCGCAAGAACGCAAAUGCAAGCAGGACUACAUUGAGUGCUGUGCAAAGACCAGCCAGGAGCUGUCAGACCUUCACCGAGAGCUGUCUUGCUCCUUAGCAGCUGUGGUCAGGGAGCCCGAAGCUGCUGUUCUGGAGGCAGAGACUCGGAAGCUGGCUCAGCCUCUCUGAGCCUUCUUUUCCUGUAGAGGAGCAGCUGCAGCAUCACGGGGUUCCUGUCUCGUGCCCUUCCCAGGAAUGCAUUAUGUUUUGCUGUGGGAAACGGGCUGCGUUUGUUCUCUUUGCCUUUGCAAGCAUCUCCUAGUGACGGUGGUUUUUUUGAAGUUUUUUUGAAUAAAAGGAAUUGUGCAGGAC